UGCUGACACGUCAGCCUACCCUAUCCCUUCUUGUAUCUUGACCAAAAACGACAGCCCCAUAUUUAAUCCUCCUCCUCACAAUUAAAAGGGAGAGGGUUCAUACCCCGGAGAGAGGGCCGCACCACCAAACAGAGCAGCAGCCCUUUGGGCUGCUCUCUUUCCCUUCCUUCUCCAUUUUUUCUCUCCUCACCAAGAAUCACAACAUACCUCACCAAAAUUCCACCUCCUCACCAAGAUUUCUUCUCCUCACUAAGAUCCACCUCACUAAGAUUCAUUCUUUUCAUCUUUUCUUCACCUCACCAAGAUCCACACUUCCUCACUAAGGGGAAGCACUUAAAGCAUAAGGGGUUUAGCAUUUGUAACUUGUCUUGGUACUUAUUUUUAAUAUCACUUUCAGCUAUGGAUCAAUAGAGCUAUGGAUGGGAUGAUCCUAGGGGAUAUGAGCAACAAAAUUUCUAUAGUGGAGGUUAUCAAGAGCGGAAUACCUAUGUCGAGAGUCCUAUGCCUUGUUACAACCAAGCUUGUGCCUUGUGUAAUUCUCCGUGGCACUCACCUUUUGAAUGCUCUUUGAGAUUUGAGUAUCCGGAUUUUAUGCGAGAGUAUGAGUACAAGAUGGGGGUGUAUCAAGAGAUAUUUGUACCCAAAGCAUAUCCACAAGAGCAAGCUUUUGAGCCUAGGAAGCUAUCACUUGAAGAACAACUUGCUCAAUUGGAAGCCUCCAAUGCUCAAUUGCAAGCCUCCCAAGCUCAAUGUCUAGCCUCCCAAGCUCGGUUGCAUGCUAAAUUGGAAGCCUUUAAUGCUCAAUUGCAAGCUUCUCAAGAAAUGAUUUCACAUUCCAAUGAGCAACUUGAGCCUAGUUUUGCACAAGAGCCACCACUCACCAUUUGUCAUGACCAAGAUUCUUUCUUUGAUCAAGUGGAGCCUAAUUCAAGAGAAGGAGUAUAUUAUGAGCAUCAUGAGCAAGAGUUGCCUAUUCAAGAUCGAGAGGGUGAUGUUCAUGUACAAGAAAGUGAGCUUGGAUAUGAAAGUUCCAACACAAGUAGGGUGAGAGAUGACAUUUUGGAGGAAUCGGUGCAAUAUUGGAACUCCAAUUUUCACAAUGAAGAGGAGGUAUAUGAAGUUGAUUCCAAAGAAGAGGAUAGCUUGUUUAGUGAGGAGGAUGUGGAGCUUGAAGACUUACACCAUAUUCCCUUAAUUGUUGAGGCCGAUAUUCCCAAGGAGGAAGAGAGUCCUUCAACACCUUGUGAUAAUGAAGAAAUUGAAGAGCCAUUGACUCUCUCUCAUCCCACAUCCACGGAGAUCCAUCAUGAGCUUCCCAAGGUGGAGAGUAGAACGUUGAGCACUUAUGUACUUAAUAAGAAGAUUGAGCUUAAGGUACUUUUACCUCUCAAUCCACCAUUAAGUGGCCAAUGUUUCUACAAUGAGGUGAUGGAUUGGAAAGGAAGUGAAGCACUUGCACUCAACCUUUCCCAUCACACUCAAGAGCUUCUACCACCAAUUGUUCCUAUGAGCAUCAUUUCUACACCACUUUUGAAGGAGAGGGCAAGAUUGGCUCUUAGAAGAAAAAUUGAGAAGAGGAAGAUUAAGAAGCUGCACUUUUGGUCACCAAUUACAAUAUUUAUGGGUAGCUCUUGGCCUUGCCUCUAUGACAUGUCAAGGAGUCCCUUAGCCCCAAACAAUAGGGUGGUCGCACUUAAGAAGUAUCCACCUUGACAAAGAUCUCAUUCUAUGGACCGGCAAUGAAGUCCUUAAACAAAGCGCUCGCUAGGGAGACAACCUUAGCACAUCAUUGGUACUAAUUAUUUUGGUAGUUUUUAUUUGUCGUGAAUAAAGAAUUUUAGUCAUUUUUGGGUGGAUGGGAGGUGCCCGGAAUUGGAAAUGUGAAGGAGAACAAAUUUGGCAGUGAGCAGUUUCUGUCCAGAAAUUUCAGUUGAAUUUGGGUGACUAUAUCUUCCAUUUUACAUGCUAUUUUUGGCUGAAAUUUUCUGGGGAUAUUCUACUGUGUGUCUGCUAUCUUGUGCCAAAAUUUGAGCCAUUCUGAGUCUCUGAAACUUCAGUUAUUUGGUGGUCAAUAUGUGAAGGUCAAAACAGAGACAGCUACUGUAGAGUGACUUUGGGAAGCUACACCUUCUACAUCCCAAGCAAUUUGGAGCUAAAAUUUUUCAGAGAUGUGUCUUCACAUGUUCUCUAUAUACAGGAGAAACAGUUUUUGAUUUGAACCUUCCUAGCUUCAGAUAUAGUGUUCCAAGUGACAGAGGUCAGAAACAGGGCACAGCAGAAACUGUAGAACACAACAGUGAGUUUGGAGGCCAACGAUUUUUGACUCAGAAUUGAUUUUACAGUGAAAUUUUAAUAGAAGGUGUCUCGAUGAGUCUACUUUCAUUUUCAGUUGGUCUCACUCUCUUUUCACCUCUGGAGCCCAACUUAUUGCAGUUUUGGUGACUGAGGGUCAGCAGCAGAUUUCAUUACAAGCUGGCAACUUUGACCAUCUUUAUUUUUCAUCUCAGUUAGAUAUAGGUGGCUCACUUUAUAUGGAUAAUAAGUUCUCCAAGUCUACUUUCUAUUCCAUGAAGUCUCACUUAUUUAUCUAUUUCUGAGUUUGAGAUAUGGGUAUUUGAAGACAGAAUGGUCAUUGCUGGAAUUUCACUGCACUCACUAGUUUUUGUUCACUUAGGUGGUUGAACUUGUUGCACUUCAAUUCUUCAAUGGAGGCCAUUAUAGGGCAGUUUUGGGUGUAUUGGAGGUGACAAAGCCUAUGAUCUUAAUGGAGGACCUUUGUUCUUAUUCUUUGAUGGGAUAUUUGUGACGCAUUGCUCUUUGGACAUUAUAUUUUUCUCAAUGGAGUUGAUCUUUACAUGAGCAUCUUGAGCUAUUAUGGAGCAUACGUAAAGGAAGUCAAGGCCUUGUGCCUUGAGGUUGGUGUCUCAUUUUGGUCUUCUUCGAAGGUCAUGAGCAAUGGAGGGUCGACAAAUGGGGUUUUCCGUAUUUUUUCUCCGCAUUUAGAUUUUCAUUUUCGUAGUUAAUUUUUGUGCCUUUUCCCGGACUUCACUCUCAUGCCUAAAUCCGACAUGGAUUUAGCUUUCGAGCUCAUUUGACAACAUUGAGGACAAUGUUGGUUUUAAGUGUGGGGGUGAGGAAUCGGGCGCCCUAAAAAAAAAAUGAUUUUCCAUUUUUAGAUUAGCUUUUUGUAAUUAGAAUUUAGUGGUUAAUGCCUUUUCCAACCCCAAUGACGAGACAUGGACUUAACUUGUUAUGAUUGUGGAUAGAUUGAGCAUGAUCUAGGACUUUGAAUUUGUUUUGUGAUUAAUUGUAUAUGUGAUCUAUGCUUGAUUAUAUGUGUGCACAUAGCCUAUGUUAGGUUCGUUCAUCAUAGUUAGAGAAGCAUAUAGAUUAUUCGAUUUACUUGCAUGCCUUAUUUGUGAGCUUUUGAGCCUAAUAUCUAUAGUGUAUGUAUCGUUCAUUCACUUAUUCUUUCAUGUGUGUACAAUUUCAUGACAUUGCGUAUCUAGAACUUGCUUGAGACCUCUCGAGGCUACUUUUAGCUUGCGACAUGAUAGAAAGGAUCGAGGCAUUAGGACUAUAUACCACCAUGGCCAAAGAAGCAUGUGCCCAAAGAUAUUUACCACUAGAUUGCCACUUUGAGCCUAUUUAUAUAUUUAGCCUUUUUGUUCAUUACCACCACAUAUUCCUACCUAGCCUAUACACUCCUAUCCUACCAUUCCAUGAUAAUUGGUGAAGCGAUUCAAGAGAAUGACUUUAUGUUUGAGUGUUUCAAAAGAAAGAAAAAGUCAAAAGUGUAAGGUUACAAAAGAAUAAGUGUGAGGGUGAGUGAUAUUGUUUAGAAAAGAAAGUUUUGAAAGAAAAAAAAAAGUUGUUUGAAAAGAAAACAAAAAAAAAAAGGGUGAAAAAAAGAAGAAAGAAAAAAAAGAAAGAAAUAAAAAAAAGAAAGAGAAAGUCAAAUAGAAGAAAAUCCAAAAAUAGAAAGAAAGUAAAGUAUUGUGUAUAGUGUAGUGUGGGUUGUAUAUUGGGUUUAGAGCAAGUGAGUUAGCAUUCGAAAACAAAAGUCAUAUAUCUCUACAAGAGAGAGUUGCUUCACCGAUUUCUAUGAACUUUGUAUUUCCUUUAUCCUUCAUUUCUUAUAGCCACUUGCCCUUAGCCCUAUUACAACCAAAUAAAAGACCUCUUAAUCUUGAAUGUUGUGGGUUACCUAGCGGAGAUGAGAUCGAAGAGCAAGCAUAUGGCGGCGCAUGUUGUGAAAUUGCUUUUGAGUGAAACACAUAUAGCCCCUAAACACUUUAGCGGUAAUAUUUAGUGAACCUAUGUGAGUUUAGUGGGUUAUAUUGGGUCUUCUAUAUGCCUAUUUGAUUAUGGUGGAUUGAUUUGACACGUGGUCAAUACAUGCAUAUACUUGAGCAUUUCUCACAUGUGCAUCUUAAUUGCCUUAGAAAUUCAUAAGUCCUAUGUUGUGCUUUAUCAACUUUACAGUCAUAUACAUAAUUAGUUCUCUGAGGGUUAUGGUUGGAAAGGCUAAUA